AUGAGCAAGUGCAGUAAAAACGUGUCAGAUUACGUUACAUCGAAGCCGAAGCAACUCUGGUCUUUAGGAUUAGUAGAAUCGAUGAAAGACCCCAAGUCAAUUUAUAAAGAAAACGAACGCAUCGUUGUUAUAAGAGACAAGUAUCCCAAAGCUAAAAUCCAUUACCUGGUUCUACCCCGCGAAGAUAUUAGUAGUAUUUACAAGCUAAGUAAAGAACACAUUCCUCUAAUUGAAGAAUUUGGUCAAAUUUUUAAAGAAAUUCAAAAAGAGCAUGCAGAUUUUUUCCUCCAUUGUGGAUUUCAUGCAGUUCCUAGUAUGCAACGAAUGCACAUGCACAUAAUCAGCAAUGAUAUGAUCUCAACAUGCUUGAAGACAAGAAUACAUUGGAAUAGUUUCACCACUAAAUUUUUUCUACCAUACAAAGAUGUUCUUAAUAAAUUAAAGGAGGAUGGAUUAAUAGACAAGAUGUCUCCAGAAACUCACAAGAGUUUUAUGUCAAUACCAUUGAAAUGCAAUCAGUGUGAUUUUGAACCAAAAACAAUGCCGCAACUAAGGCAACAUUUAUUAACUCAUGUUCAAUAA